GUUGCUGAGAUCCUGUAGGAGUUUGGAUUCUGAACUCUGGGGCUUCUCGGCUUCCGUAGCCUGAAGAUCCCGCCGCCCGGCAACGGGCCGCAGCGUGCGGCCAAAUCCUUCGUCCAGCAGAUUUCCCUCCAUGUGACAGCUGGGCUUCCCGGAAGCUCUACUUGGUGCCUCCCCGUGCUUACCUCCUUUCCAGUCCUGAGGGAAUCAGGGAGGACCAAGUGUAGAAGCCUCAGAGGACCCGCCUGCUGACGUGAAUUCCUGCCGGAAGCCCCAGAGACCAGGAGCUGCAGAGCGACACUGGUCCUGUGAGUGGGUAUGUUGUUACAGAGGUUGGUGUCAUUUGAGGAUGUGACUGUGGACUUCACCCAGGAGGAGUGGCAGCGCCUGGACCCCGCCCAGAGACGCUUGUACCAGGACGUGAUGCUGGAGAUCUACAGCCACCUCUUGUCAGUGGGGUAUGCCAGGCCACAGGUCAUCGUCAGGAUGGAAAAAGUAAAGGAGGCACAGGUGGGAGAGGUCGCAUUCCCACAUCAGAGGUGUCAGUGUGAAGCAGGGGAAUCAGAGAUUGAUACAUCACAGCAACACAUCUCUGUGAGGCCUUCAUUUCUAAAGGAUGUGCCAAGUGAAGUCACAAGACAUGAUUCAUGGUGUUCCACUUUAGAAGAACUGUGGCAGGAUGGUGACCCUAUAAAGAGAGACCAACAAAACAAGAUCCUACCCGUGAGUCGUGGUUCUUCCCUCAGUCAGAAGACACUGAUCACAGACAAUGGUUAUGAAUGUGAAGAGCCUGGAGAAGCCACUUGUCUGGGACCCCACCUCAUCACUGCACAAAAGGGACCUGUAAGAUGUUGCUCAUUUGCAAAAAGUGUGAAGCCUAAAGUGAAUGGUGGUAAUGAACUGGGUACCACAGGCCAGGUUCCCAACACAGUUGGAGCUCAUCAGUUCUGCACACAAGGCUCUUCGAAUGCUGUGUGCACAGUUCCUAGCAGAGGAGAGAAACCACCCAGAGGUAAUCAGUUUGGAACACUUCUCAGCCCUCAGCAAGCACUUACACAGCAUAAAAUUAUUUUCCAAGACAAGCCAGUUGAAUAUAUUGGAUAUGGGAAGGUCUUCACUGGCAGAUCAGCUUUCUGUCGGUAUCAAAUAACUACGUCUUGGGAGACACCUUUUGUGUCUAACACAUGUGGGAAAGCCUUCCUCUUGAACUCAGAGCUGCCAUACUGUCCAGGAACUUACGUAGGAGAGAAGCAUUUUGAAUGUCCUGAAUGUCAGGUGUUUAGUUGUACAUCCAGCGUACAGGUACACCAUGACCUUCACAUGAGAGAGAAACCUUAUGAAUGUCCAGACUGCAAGAAGUCAUUCAGUAAUGCAUCCCAACUGAAGGUACAUCAUCGAAAACACACAGGUGAGAGACCUUAUGUGUGUUCUGACUGUGGGAAGGCCUUCAGCCACAAAUCAGUCCUCACCACACAUCAGAGAAUUCACACUGGGGAAAAGCCUUACACAUGCAUGCAUCAUCGAAUCCAUACCGGUGAGAGACCCUACAAGUGCUGUGACUGUGGGAAAUCAUUCAGGAGAAUAUCCCACCUGAAGGUACAUCAUGGGAUUCAUACAGGUAAGAGGCCCUAUAUGUGUUCCGACUGUGGGAAGGCCUUCAGUCAUAAGUCAGUCUUCACCACACAUCAGAGAAUUCACAGCGGAGAAAAGCCUUAUCCAUGCAGUGACUGUGGGAAGUUGUUUGUUUAUGCUUCAGACCUAAAGAAGCAUCGUCGAUUUCACACAGGGGAGAAGCCUUACAAAUGCCACCACUGUGGAAAACUGUUCAGUAUUAAAUCCCACCUGCAGGUGCAUCAUUGAAUUCACACUGGUGAGAAACCUUACAAGUGCUGUGAUUGUGGGAAAUCAUUCAGUAUUAAAUCCCAUCUAAAGGUGCAUCGUCGAAUUCACACUGGUGAGAAACCUUACAAAUGCUUUGACUGUGGAAAAUCAUUCAGGAGACAGUCCCAUCUAAAGGUGCAUCGUCGAAUUCACACUGGUGAGAAACCUUAUGUGUGUUCUGAAUGUGGGAAGGCCUUCAGUGACAAGUCAGUCCUCAGUACACAUCAGCGAAUUCACACUGGGGAGAAGCCUUACACAUGUAGUGACUGUGGGAAAGCCAUGGCUUCUAAAACCCAUCUCAAAGAGCAUCAGCAAAUUCACACAGGUGAGAAGCCGUAUGUGUGCCAUGAAUGUGAGAAGGCCUUCAGUAGCAGGUCUUCUUUACACAGACAUCAUAGAAUUCACAGCAGGGAGAAACCUUAUGUUUGUCACAAAGGUGGGAAGGGUUUUCUGCAGAAUUCACAGUUGACAGCCCAUCAGCAAACUCAGUUCAAAGAAACUUUAGAAAUGUAACUAAGAAAUUACUUUGUGAUAUAUGUCAAAGGAAGGUGCGUCAUCAAGGUCACACACACAGAAAUGUUAUCAUUGCUCGACUGAGAAAUCUUUUGUCACAGUAGUAUAUGAAAGUCCUCCUGUGAAGAGACCUUAUUGAUAGAUAAAAAGUAGCCUAUGGAUGAAUCCAGUUGAUCAGGAGAAAGCACCAGGACACAGAUAAGACUCCAUCAGAAUAGAGUUUAUUAGCAAAAGAAUACAUGGGACAAAUUCCCUUCCAGGUGGGAAGGGGGAGCCUUCUGCUUCCUGCAGAAGGCGGGAAGAUAUAUAUAUAUAUUUUUUUUAAGUUGGGUGGAGGGGGGAAGUUAAAACCUGUCCUCUUUAGAGAUCAAAGGGGAAGCCUGCUGUGUUGGCCAAACUGGAGAAAAGUCUGCUUCUCUUGACUUCAAAGACCAGGGCGCUUAUCAGCUCGGUUCCCUUUUCUCAGGAGCUUGAGAAGUCCUUGAGACCCUGUUGGUGAGGGGGUGGCGCUAUCUAAACCUUAACACUUAUGUGUGCUGUGAAUGUAAGAAGUCCUUUGGAAUCAUAUCAAAUUUCAAUAGAGCCAAACACUCAGACCAGGUACCGUUUUUAUAGACUCCAUACACGUAUGAAAGGUUUUACCAUCAAGUAAGUCAACUCAUCCAUAUUCCUCACUGAAAUAGUUUUCUUUCUUUUUUAGUCUUUUUGAGACAGGGUCUCCCUGUA